CAGCUCUGCUUUCUUUUCUCUUUGCUUCUUGCCCUCUCUUUUUUUAUUCUUCUUGUUACUAUACUUCUUUUAUUUAAGGACAAAUCAACUUCAUGUCGGGCAAUAAUAUCAAGGUUGUCUGCCGUUUCCGUCCGCAAAAUUCCCUGGAAAUUAGGGAAGGCGGCACUCCCAUUAUAGAAAUUGACAAUGAAGGUUCUCACCUCGGUCUUAAGGGUAAAGACGUUCAAGGAAACUUUACCUUUGAUAAGGUGUUUGGCAUGAACACCCCACAAAAGGACGUUUUUGACUAUUCCAUCAAGACCAUCGUUGACGACGUCACGGCUGGUUAUAACGGAACCGUGUUCGCUUACGGUCAAACUGGUUCCGGAAAGACUUUCACUAUGAUGGGAGCCGACAUUGACGAUGAGAAAACAAAGGGUAUCAUUCCACGCAUUGUGGAACAGAUCUUUUCAAGUAUCAUGGAUGCCCCAAGCAACCUUGAAUUUACUGUCAAGGUUUCUUAUAUGGAAAUUUAUAUGGAAAAGGUUCGCGACCUUUUAAAUCCUUCGGCGGAAAACUUGCCGAUCCACGAAGAUAAGACCAAAGGCGUCUAUGUCAAGGGCCUUUUAGAAGUGUAUGUUGGCUCUACGGACGAAGUUUAUGAAGUUAUGCGACGAGGCAGCAACAACCGUGUUGUCGCAUACACAAAUAUGAAUGCAGAGAGUUCGCGUAGUCACUCGAUUGUCGUUGUCACCAUUACGCAAAAGAACGUUGACACCGGUGCUGCCAAGAGUGGCAAACUGUACCUUGUCGAUUUGGCCGGUUCGGAAAAGGUCGGAAAAACUGGUGCUUCGGGUCAAACUUUAGAAGAAGCGAAAAAGAUCAACAAGUCCUUGACGGCACUUGGUAUGGUCAUCAAUGCUCUUACCGAUGGCAAGUCCAGCCAUAUCCCUUACAGAGACUCAAAAUUGACCAGAAUCCUACAAGAAUCCCUCGGUGGUAACUCGCGCACAACUUUGAUUAUUAACUGUUCACCAUCCUCUUACAAUGAAGCCGAAACUUUAUCAACACUUCGUUUCGGUGUACGAGCCAAAUCUAUCAAGAACAAGGCCAAGGUCAAUGCUGAUCUGUCGCCGGCCGAGCUUAAAGCCCUGCUCAAGAAGGUCAAAUCCGAGGCCGUCAGCUUCCAGACCUACAUUGCAGCUUUGGAGGGCGAAGUCAACGUGUGGCGUACCGGAGGCACCGUCCCUGAAGACAAGUGGGUCACCAUGGAUAAGGUUUCCAAGGGCGAUUUUGCUGCAUUGCCACCGGCUCCAGGCUUCAAGAGCCCUGUCUCAGAUGAAGGCUCUCGUCCUGCUACUCCCGUGCCUGUAUUGGAAAAGGACGAGCGUGACGAAUUCAUCAAGCGGGAAAAUGAGUUGAUGGAUCAAAUUGCGGAUAAGGAAACUGAGCUCACCAACCGUGAAAAACUGCUCGAGUCGCUCAAGGAAGAAAUGUCGUAUUUUAAGGAGCAAGAGCAAUCGGUCACCAAAGAGAACCAGCAAAUGACGACGGAACUGAGCGAACUUCGACUUCAAUUACAAAAGAUCUCUUAUGAAAGCAAGGAGAAUGCUAUCCAUGUUGAUUCUUUGAAGGAAGCGAAUCAAGACUUGCUUGCUGAACUUGAGGAACUCAAGAAGAGUCUCGUCGAAGUCAGACAGGCUCACAAGGAUGCCACUGAUGGCGAAAAGGAAAAGAAGAAGGCCGAAAAGAUGGCCCAAAUGAUGUCUGGCUUUGAUCCGUCGGGCAUCCUCAACGAAAAGGAGAAGCAAAUCCGCAAUGCACUUAGCAAGCUGGACGGUGAAAAGCAGGAUUCUUUAAGCAUUGAGGAAUUAGUAUCUCUUCGCCGCGAGCUUGCCGAGGCCAAGGUGCUCGUUGAACAGCACACCAAGACUAUUAGUGACUUGGCAUCUGACAAGGAUCUUCUUGAAAAGAAGAAGGCCGAAUUGGAAGGUCGCUUCACCAAUCUUGAGAAGGAGUACGAGGACCUUUUGGAUAAGACCAUUGCCGAUGAAGAGUCUCGUACUCAAAAGAGCAGUAACAUUGCUGAUACCGUCUCUGCGCUAAAGAUUAAGCUCGAGAACGAGUAUGUUACCAAAAAAGAGUACCAGCAAAAGGAAAUUGACGAACUCAAGCGUGAAAUGGACCGCAAGGUGGAAACUCACAAGAAGCUCAGUUCUGCUGUUGCUGAUCUUAAGGCUGCAAAUGAACAGCUCCAGGCUGUUUUGUCCGAGCAACCUCACCAGUCUUCGUCAUCAGAAGGGGAAAUGAGCGAAAAGGAAAAGGACAUUGAGCGUAUGCGCAAGUCCAUGGCUCAACAGCUUGCUGACUUUGAGGUGAUGAAGAAGGCUUUGAUGCGCGAUCUCCAAGGCCGUUGCGAAAAGGUCGUCGAGCUUGAGAUGUCAUUGGAUGAAACACGCGAACAGUACAACACUGUCUUGCGUGCUAGCAAUAACAAGGCUCAGCAGAAGAAGAUGGCAUUCUUGGAGCGCAACCUUGAGCAACUGACCAACGUGCAGAAGCAGCUUGUUGAGCAGAACGGUACAUUGAAGAAGGAGGUUGCUCUCGCUGAGCGCAAGUUGAUUGCUCGUAACGAACGUAUCCAGAGCUUGGAGACCUUGUUGCAAGACGCUCAAGAAAAACUUAUUUCUCAGAAUCAAAAGUUUGAAGGCCAAUUGCAAGCCGUCCGCGAACGCUUGGAGCAGGCCCGUUCUCAAAAGUCGCAAAACUCCAUGGCCGCAUUGAGCUUCGGUCGCAUCGCUAAGCCUUUGCGUGGUGGCGGAACUGCCGCUGCUGCUGUUGAAUCCGGCAAUGAUGUCCCUGCUUCUCCAACUUCAACUGAUAAGCGUGACAAGCGAACAUCGUUCUUUUCCGGCUUCAUGAAUUCUUCUCGAUAAAUAUCGUCGCGGUCUUCGUUCUACUUAUAUACAUUUCUUUUGUUGUGAUAUACUUUUACUCUCUACUAUCAAACCUUACAAUUACCCAUC